AUGACCGCGUUCGGAGUUGUGACUAGUCACCAGAUCCUCGUCGCAAUCUGUAUCCGUACAACUCUGCAGAACAUCCUGCUCGUUACGCAUGCUGAAUACGACGAUACACCAAAGUUGAUCAAUCAGGCGGCCGACAUGCCCUUUCGUGCCUUGGUGGUCUCGCUAUUGUCGAAGCCACAUUUUCGUCCGAAUUUGUGCAGGACAUGCGCAAGCAAGCGCCAGACGCGCCUUUCGAGGCGAAUACAGCAAUCGCCGCUGUCGGUCUACGGCGCAGUACCAGAUGCACUGAUUGCCGAUGAUAUCAACGCCUACGUCCAGUUCCUUUCGGUUGUUCACAUCAUUGGCGUCCCAGCAAAUUUUCUCACGCUGGACUAUGCACUCUUCGUCUCGAAUAUCGACAUCAAGAAGGAGCCCAAGAAAGCAAUAUAUAGAAAAGUGUCGCAUAGUGACAAGGACGUCAUCAGGGAGUAA